AAGUGACAUUUGACCAUAUAUCAGUGUGUGUGUAUUCAUAGCCUAUGAUUGUAGCAUUUACGCGAAAAUGGCCUCCACAAGUACUACAUCCACAACCGAUGAUCGACGUAUAUGGGUUGGCAAUUUAGAUCCCAGAUUAAGCGAGUUUCACCUCCUGAAAGUUGUGCAAAAAUGUGGCGAAAUAGAAAAAUUUGAUAUGCUCUUCCACAAAGGUGGUCCCCUACAGGGGCAAUCUAGGGGUUAUGCAUUUGUUACCUUUACCAAGUCCAGUUCAGCUAUGGUGGCAUUGGAAAAAUUAAAUGGCCAUAUGAUUUUAAAUCGUCCUAUUGCCGUGAGAUUGGCCAAAAAUAUAAAUUAUGACGAAUUUGAACGACCCAAACCGAAAAUUGAAAUCCCCGCAUUGGGCACGGGCAAACGUGAAGGCAAAAUAACACGCGAAGAAGCCAUAAAAGCCAUCGAACAAAAACUCAAAGCCAUCGAAUCUCAAGGUGAUGAUAUUGAUUUCAGUCAACCCACCGCCGGCCCUGUUAUACCUCUCAUACAAAAAUAUCAAUUCAAUAAGGAUCGUGAUGCCAAAACUGCAUCAGCAACACAACGUCGACCAUAUCACAAAAGCAGUUCCGGCCCCUAUAGUAGACAUCAAAGACCAAAACGAAGAUAG